GGACCUGGGAGCCGAGCUGGCGGGCGGCAGCGAGCCGACGCUGGAGGCUGAUAUCGACAGCGACUACGUGGCCGGGGCGUGGCAGGCGGCGGUGCCUGGGCAGAUUCCAAACACGUACCCGCCAGCCGACCUGGCCGAGUGGGUGCAGGCCGAGCAGCAGGCAGGCAGUGCCAAGCCGCGCGGCGGCAAGCGCAGGCGUGGGGGCAGCGGGCGGAGCCGGAGCAAGCGGUCCAAGCGCUGAUAGAGUGCUGUGGGCAGAUAAGCCGGGGUUUCCCUGGCAGCUUUUUGCUUCUCUCCAACUGAAUUGGCCACACAUAAAUUUACUACUCUGCUGCAAUGCUGAUAGUCGGACUCACAGGCGGAAUUGCCACGGGCAAGAGCACCGUCAGCAACGGGCUGCGCGCGCAGGGCGUGCCUGUUAUCGACGCCGACACUGUCGCCCACCAGCUGAUGGAGCCGGGCGAGACACCAUACCGUCUGGUGGUGCAACAUUUUGGGCCGGGGAUACUGCGGGACGACGCGACCAUCGACCGGGCGCGACUGGGCGCCGAGAUCUUCGGCGACGCGGCCAAGCGACAGCUGCUGAACCGCUGCACGCACCCGUACGUGCGGCGAAGGAUGCUGGUGCUUUUGCUUGGAUAUUAUGUGCGCGGCCACGCCAUGUGCGUUCUGGACGUGCCGCUGCUGUUCGAGUCGGGGCUGGACAGGCUGUGCGGUAAGGUGGCCGUGGUGGCGUGUGCCGAGGACCGGCAGCUGGCGCGGCUGAUGGCCCGCAAUGCGCUAAGCGGCGAUGAGGCAGCCGCGCGGAUCGCUGCGCAGAUGCCGCUGGACGACAAGAUCCGCCGGGCCACGCGCGUCAUCGACAACAACGGCAGCGUGGAGGAGACCAUGGGCCAGGUGCAGACCAUGGUCCGUGAGUGGCGGCCGUCGUGGCUCUCGACCUUUGGUGCGCUGCUGGCGCCCGUGGGUCUGGUCGCCGCGCUGCCGCUGGUGCGGACCAGCGUGUGGGGGUUGGGCGUGGCUGGCACGUGCGCGGCGUGGCUGGUGGGCUCAGCGCUGGGGGUGCUCUGACUCGUCUCCAGCGGCCGUAAUGUUCUUUUACUGUUCUGCCAAUAUUUUGAACCAUGUAUUUUCAAAUCA